AUGGCCGGUGAUCAGUGUGCUGCUGCAGAGCGUGUGGUUGCACUAACUCUCUCCUGCUCUCUUCUGGCAGCCUGUCCGGUCCAGUUUCCCGAAAUCCUGCGGGAUUCGCUGGAAGUUCUCUUCCUGAACGACAACCAGCUGGAGUGUGUGCCUCCGUCCGUGUGCUUCCUCAAAAACCUCUCCGAGCUCUAUCUGUCCAAUAAUCCUGGCAUCCAGGAGCUUCCUUCUGAGCUUGGCCAGCUCUCCAACCUCUGGCAGCUGGAUAUCGAGGAGCUGAACAUCUCCAACGUCCCUGCAGACGUCCGCAAAGAUGGUACAGUGUAG